GAUGAUUUCAAAGUCCUGUGGUUUUCGAGACAAUGCGUGUCUCAGUGAUGUCUGAUAACAUCUAAUAUUAUCCUUCCGCGUUUUCGACCCUCACCCUUCAAUCUACCGGCCGCUGAAAAAUGUUCGCGUACCUUUUCCUGAGUUUUUACGUAGCUAACGUGAAUGUGAACGUGAACGCACUCCAUGCACGGGACCCAUUGGCACAUCAUGGACGUUGCGAACCGAUUACGAUUCCUCUCUGCAUGAACAUUCCUUACAAUGAGACGAUUAUGCCAAACUUAAUGAACCACCAGAAGCAGGAGGACGCAGGUCUCGAAGUUCAUCAAUUCCUGCCACUGGUUAAAGUCAAAUGCAGUCCCGACCUGCAAUUCUUUUUGUGCUCAAUGUACGUUCCUGUCUGCACGAUUUUGGAGCAGGCAAUUCCGCCCUGCAGAUCCCUUUGCGAGAGUGCAAAAGCUGGUUGUGAGUCAUUAAUGAAUCGUUUUGGGUUUUUGUGGCCUGACAAUCUGGAGUGUUCGAAAUUCCCAGUUUCUGGUGGUACUGAAAUUUGCGUUGGUGAUAACAACACAGCUUCCACCGAAGCCCCUGUUCUAGUUGAUCCUCCACCUCGAAUACCAAUAGCAGAGUUUCAUCCUGGAUGGAAUGGUGGGAUCAAAUCUUACAGUGGAGAUUUACUUGGAGCUAGAGAUUAUGGAUUCGUCUGCCCUGUCCAAUUCAAGGUACCUCGAGAGCUCGGCUAUAGUCUGAAAGUUGGGGACAAGGUAGAGCCUGACUGUGGUGCUCCUUGCGACGACAUGUUCUUCACAGGCAUCGAGCGUAGGUUCUCGAGGAUCUGGGUUGGGGCUUGGGCCUCAGUAUGCGCAGUAUCCUGCUUCUUCACUGUUUUAACUUUUCUCAUCGACACUGAUCGCUUCCGCUAUCCAGAAAGGCCUAUUAUAUUUUUAUCUGUCUGUUACUUGAUGGUGGCUCUGGUUUAUGUGAUCGGAUGGGCUGCAGGCAACUCCAUAUCAUGCAGAGAACCUUUUCCCCCACCUGUAGAUCUCAGGAUUGAAAUGGCAUCAACUAUAACCCAGGGAACAAAGCAUGAACUUUGCACCGUACUUUUCAUGGUGCUUUAUUUCUUCAGUAUGGCAUCGAGCAUAUGGUGGGUCAUCCUCACUUUGACGUGGUUUCUUGCCGCCGGACUCAAAUGGGGACAUGAAGCUAUCGAAUCUCAUUCCCAGUACUUUCAUCUUGCUGCAUGGGCCGUUCCUGCAAUCAAAACCAUCACCAUACUUGCAAUGGGGAAGGUUGAAGGGGAUAUAUUGUCAGGAGUGUGCUACGUUGGAUUAUGGAAUGUUGAGGCACUGAGAGCCUUUGUCUUAGCGCCGCUGUGCUUCUACCUGGUCCUUGGAACAGCCUUUCUUCUCGCAGGAUUUGUAUCACUGUUUCGUAUUCGCACAGUCAUGAAACAUGAUGGUACAAAAACAGACAAACUAGAAAAACUAAUGAUACGUAUUGGAAUAUUUUCUGUACUUUACACGGUACCUGCUCUGAUUGUUAUCGCUUGUUUAUUCUAUGAACAAGCCUACUUUGAUCGUUGGAUGCUGCAAUGGAACAUGGAAAUGUGUUCUCGGCCCGGGCCGCAAUCUCUUUACUCAAUUCCUUGCCCUGUUGGCGAACGUACACGUGACCUGGGACGCCGUCCAGAAUUUGAGGUUUUUAUGAUUAAGUAUUUGAUGGCGAUGAUAGUUGGGAUAACAAGCAGCUUUUGGGUGUGGUCAAGCAAAACCCUCACUAGCUGGCGUCAAUUCAUUCAUCGUAUCCAAGGACGUCGUGCCGAAGCUUAUGUUUAGGUGUGCUUAUAAGCCAAUAUUUCUGCCACUUCACAAUUAAAAUCCUUGUGUUAUGCUGGCUAAUCUCUCGUUAGACUGUAAUUAACAUCACGUCAAAACAGAUUCCGUUUGUUCUCACCGUUCAAUCAUUUGUCUUAUAAUUCGAAGUUCCAGUCAUUUAUUUGCUGCGAUUUAUAAUUCCUUACCUUUUUUUUCUGCAGAGGGUUUAAAUCAACUUUUUCGUUGAGAGAUGGAAUAUUUUUUUAGUGAAGUAAAUAACAAGUAGUCUCUAGAAGUCUGAAUCAUUUUCUCUCAACAUAUCCAUAUGGUAGCAUGUUGUUAGGCCUUCAGUAUUUGUCAUUCAAAGCAAUUAUUGGGUUAUAAGUAGGUCAUUGUUUGAACGAACUUAUCUAUUAGAUGAAUUGAUUCAUAUUCUACGUUAUUAGAAGACAUUUUUUGUGAUUAUGGUUAAGCAUGCUUGCUGCUUAUGAAGACGUCAGUCCAGUUUGCACUCGGUGAUUAAAUACAACUAUCUUGAGAUGACCUGAAAAAAAGCAGAAACUUACUUGGUACAUACAUAACCGGCGAUUUAUAGCACAGGAACUUCAUUCAAGUACAUUAUUCUAUUGAAUAAAAAAAAAAUUACAAUCGUAUUUUAAUCAUAUGAUAGGAUAUUGAAAUCUCAAUACUCAUGUAUAACGUAUUUGGAGAAUGACUUCUUAGUUUAAUUAUUUUGUUAUUAUUAUGGAAUAUCUGCGGUAAGAAACUAUUAUAUGUACGUGUAAGUUUUUAGGAAUUAUCUUCUUUUAUUGAAUGAUAAGUAUGAAGAGAAAAAACGUAUGCUGCAAUAGACUAUUCUGUAUAUAAAUGCAGUUCUAGUUAUUGAGUACCAUAAUAUAUUUUUAAAUACUGGUGUACAUAAAGAUUAGAAUGCUAAAUAGCACUAAACCACAUAAAAGGCAGUUAUUGAAAAUUUCGAACAUACUGGUGGCUGGUGAAUGUCACUUCGAUUAUGUAAUCGUAUAAAUUCACAUGAAAAAUGUAUUUAACGCAGCUAAAAUUGCAAGAGAAAUAUAGGUUUUAUAAAAUUUAA